AUGAGCGGGCAUUCUGCUGAUGGGGAUUCUCAAGCUUCCAGCAGUUUUCAGGUUGUGUCCGCCUCUGCUGCUGCUUCUGGUAGCGCAGGGGGUGUGGCGGUAGCAGCUUCAGAGUCAGACUUGUCAAAUCGUCAAGAGAGCAUGGAUGUGACGGCAGCAGCUUCAGAACCAGACUUGUCAAAGCUUCAAGAGACCAUUCGCGAAGCAAUCUUCUCAUGCAGUGAGCCGCAGGUUCUUCAGUUGCCUUGGGAAAUGCCGGGUUUGGAUUUGAUUUUUGGCAAGGGUGCUUUAGAUCAGAUUCUGCCUGCUGAGCCUCCCAAAAUUGUGUUCCCAGUCCCUACAGCGGCAGAUGCUCCGAUUGAGGAACAGGCCAAGGCUGCAAAGAGGGUUAAGACUGCCGCUUUUGGGCAGCCUUGCUUCCGUGGGUGUGUGAACUUCAAGAACGUCCUUUCGGAUGCUGAGCUUGAGGCUGGAGCGUGGCAGAGAUCUCUUGAGAAGUGGCAUUUUAUUUUGACCUUAGACCCUUCGGUUUCGCUUGCGCGAACUGUUUGGCAGGAAGAAGGUAGCCACUGUGAGUAA